AUGACUGAGGCGAGUAGGCCCCUGCUGGACGGGCAGGCUAGGUCCUCCUCUCCUACCCCAUCCACAUCCCAAGAGAGACUAGAAACCCGUCCAGACCAGCCUCGCCGAUCAUUUGAACUGUCAUCCGAAUCCACACCACUACUCCAUCGCCGUGAUGAUGUCGUAGCAUACGGUACCGAACGACCUUCCUCAUCUGCAUCUCGAAGAUCGGCCUCGACCGAAGGAGGCGCGCAGAAGAAAUCUAGCCGAGUGCGAUGGCCGACAAUCAUAUCCCUUGCGCUAUUGACCACCGGAGUCCUGUCUAUUCUGAUCUUCGCAUUUGCAGCACCGGCUGUGGUGAAAGAGUAUGCCCAAGAAGCUGCCGUCUUCAAACCAACUGCACUAUCAAUAGACUCAACCACCCCCGAUGGUGUUCGCGCCCGAGUCCAGGGUGAUUUUGUCAUGGAUGCGAAUCGUGUGAAGAGUAACUCGAUUCGACGAUUCGGCCGACUCGCCACUUGGAUAGCACGGGAGGUUGAGACGGGCGAGUCGGACCUUGAGGUUUAUCUCCCGGAGUACGGCAAUGUCCUCGCUGGCACGGCGGCAUUACCCUCGAUCAAAGUGAACAUCCGAAAUGGUCAUGAGAACCACCUCGAUUUUCUUACCGAUUUGGCGGCUGGAGACGUCGAAGGUAUACAUUCGAUCGCUAUGGAUUGGAUAGAAGGCAGACUGGAUCGCCUGAGAAUCCGUGGCAAGGCUACACUACAUCUUAAGACCGGUCUCAUUGCCCUCGGCGAACAAAUAAUCACCGACACGAUCACAUUCGAAGAAUAUGACUUCCCUGCCCUGCCUGUGAUCAGCCUCACAAGGCUUAACGUACAUGACGCUAAAAAUGGGGCUAUGGCCGUUGAUGUGGCUCUUACGGCAAAGAUCGAUUCACCAAUCGCGAUAACGAUACCACCUCUUGGAUUUGACGUGCUUGUGCCCAACUGCUCGCCCAGCGACCCUCUUAUCAUGGUUGCCAAUGCCUCCACAAAUGAGGUUGCCGUCUAUACCGACGCGCCAACUGAGGUCAACGCUAGGGGGCUUAUUAAGAGAAUACCUGAUGAGUUGACAUCCAGUUGCCCAGGAGGAAAGGACUCACCCUUGGAUCUAUUAGUCUCAGGCUUCAUUCAAGGUCAAGAGACCACCAUUUUUGUUCGUGGUGCGCAAGCUCCGCUACCUCAAACACCCGGCUGGAUAGCCGCUCUACUGCGCAGUGUCACCGUGCCAUUCCCUUUCACAGGGCAUGCUUUGGAUGACCUGGUAAAGAACUUUACCAUGACAGACACGCAUUUCUCGCUGCCUGAUCCCUUCGCCGAGCCCAAUACACCAGAAGCACAGCCAUCGGUCUCAGCUGUUAUGAAGGUUCUCAUUGGCUUGCCAGAGGAGAUGAACUUCCAGGUUGAUGUUCCUCGCGUCCGAGCCAUAGCGAAUGUGUACUAUCGUGGUGACCAACUCGGUGUCUUGAACCUCGACAAGUGGCAAGAUUCCAACUCGACCAUGACAGAAGACGAGGAUGGUUUGGCCGCGCUACUGGUGGAGUUUGCUAUCAAAGACGCGCCACUGGAGGUAACUAACAGUGACGUCUUGUCAAAGGUUGUUCAGGCGAUGCUGUUUGGUAACAAGGCAGUUGUGCUGCACGUUGCUGCCACCGUAGAUACAAAGGUCGAGACUGGCCUGGGUCGCUUGACAGUUCGUGGCAUCCCGGCUUCUGGGGAUGUCCCUGUGGACACUCCAACCGGCAACCCGCUUGAUAACCUAAAUCUUCGCGUGGGUUCCUUGUCUUUGAGCAAUUCUACAGAGUCAUCUCUAUCAGUGUCUGUUCAGGUGAACUUUACAAACCCAACAAGCUACUCGGCAACGAUCCCAUUUGUUGACUUCUUGGUGUUGUACAACGGAUCCUCCAUUGCCCAUAUCACUGCCCGCGAUAUUGGUUUCCAACCCGGAAACAACAGCAAUAUACCGAUUAAAAUUUCCUGGAAUCCAUUGGAGUUGAAUGGAACUGAUGGCGUGGAGGCUGGACGAACCCUCAUGUCUUCUUACAUAUCAGGAUAUAACACCACCGUGACCAUUCAAGCCCACGAAAGAUCGAUCCCAGCCGUUCCUCAACUGGGAAAGGCAUUGGCAGCUAUUCCUAUGAACAUUUUAAUACCUGCUCUAUCGACACCGGGAUCCCCUAACCAUGGCAAAGAAGGGCCGAAUUUCAUACAGGACGCAACGCUUCAUCUUUGGUCUUCGACCACUGAUUUUACCCUCUUGUCGCCAUUGACUGAGACAAGCAUCACAAUCACCUCAAUCGAGGCGACUGCCUAUUACGAGGGAGACGAGCCUUUGGGCAGGAUAAAAUAUUAUGAACCUUUCGACGUCCCGCCGGGUAUAUCUCAAACCCCGCGAAUUCCAGUUGACUUGAUACUGGGCGGAGUUGGGUAUGACGCUCUGCGCAAGGCACUUGGGCAAUCGCUAGAGAUGGACGCGGUAGCCAAAAUUGGGAUCAAAGUUCUGCAGUACACUGAUAUCGUGCUUUAUCGGGGUAAAGGGAUUGCUGCAAAUGUUAGACUAUAG